GUAUAUCCGUAAUCUUGCAGUGGUGGGAUGAAUGGUUACAUUUUUGUUUCUAAUAGACCAGUGCAGCCUGCGCAAAUAGAUUCACCAAUUAGUGGCAUGGAUAUGAUUGCUGAUAAUAAAGUCUUGUCAGUGUUCUACAAGUGUCCAGCCUUCCAUGUACACAUUCCUAGACCACCAAGUGGAGUUCAUUAUCCAAAUAAGUCUAUCCUCAAGAAGCAUGUUAAACCCACACCAUUUUUUUGGCAUGAGAAGUCUGCUGUUGUUGGACUAUUGCAUUCUUUAAGUGAAGUUGAUAUGCCUCCAGUAGUGGACGACAAGGCUUUAGUAACUGAUGAGAUGAUCAACAUGAUCAAUGAUGUUAUUGGUGAACAAGAUACUAACAAAGAAGGUCUAAAUGAAGGAAUUUCAAAUGGUGGUGGUAAUAGUGCGAAGAAUCAAUUUGAUGACUUGUUUUAA